UUCCAUUGAAAGCAGAACUGCUCYUGAAACUUUUUCCACCCAUCACUGGAUGGGUCCCAAAAAUAAACGAGAGAAAGCCCCUUGUCCCCAUGAAGAGGUUUCUUAGAACAAUGGAAAUGUUUGGAAACGCGCCAGAGAGUGGGCGGCAAGCAGAGGAUAAAUGACAGCACGGGGAGAGCCAAAGCCACGGCCAGCAGGCAGGGAAGCACAGAGGACGGACCAAGAGCCACCACASAGCCACCAUGCUCCCUGCAAGGACCGUCCUGCUGCUCACCCUGCUCCUCAGCUUCUCCCUGCACCACGCCUCAGCACAYUUUGCACCUGUGGAAUGCUGCUUUGAGUACGCACAGAAACCCAUCCGACACCCUCAGAGCUUCUACAGGACAUCCAAAGACUGCCCCAAGCCUGCAGUUGUGAUUGUGGCUGCCAGUGGUGAUGAGAUUUGUGCCGACCCCAAGAAGUCCUGGGUGAAGAAAAUGGUAAAACGGCUUCAAGCAAAAAAUAAUCCAUCCACCGUCUGACUUGCCCAUCCAGUCCUCCUGUCCCUGGAGGGAGCCAACGGUGCUGGCAGCUCUUCUCCAAAGGGUGCUGUGGCAGCAGACACUGUCACUGCAGGAGGAGCCAUCCCUGCAGGAUCAGGUGUCACCGUGCCACAAACCAGCCAGCUACCCAGCUCCUCCUGCUCUCACUGCCCUGCCAAGAUGUACCAGUGGAAMAAAUAUUUAUAUUAAAGACUCAUUGCCUCAA